CUGCACCCUGCACCCUGCCCCCAGCAGGAAUCGCCCGCCUCCAGGCGGCUGGCAGUCAGGGUGAAGGCUUGUUCUCAGUUUGAGGAAGUUUCAGAUGCUGCGAAACGUGCCAUUCCCGGCAGCAAUGCCCGCUAUCCUCGCCCUGCUGCUCGCCCUCCUGCUGAGUGCCCUCCUGCUCCGCUCCUGGUGCCCGUACCUGGUGCACGAUGUGAGAAACGUCUACCGAGCGGUCAUCCUGGCGAUACGGAUUUGGAACUACAAGAGGAAGCAGCCCCCGAUCACUUUGCUGGAUGUGUUCCUACAGAAAGUGAGACAAUUCCCAGACAAAACGUUUGUGUUGUUUGAGGGCCGGGCUCUCAGUUACUCGGAGCUGGACAGACAGAGUAACAAAGUGGCGAGAGUUCUGCAGGGCCGGGCCGGGCUCCGGCAGGGUCAGUGUGUGGCGAUCCUCUUCAGCAACCAGCCCCUGUUUGUCUCCGUUUGGUUGGCUCUCGCUAAACUCGGCUGCCCCGUGGCUUUCCUCAACUUCAACAUCAGGGGCAAAUCCCUGCUUCAUUGUUUCAAGUGCUGUGCCUCCCAAGUGCUCAUCGUCGGUGGAGAUCUGAGGUGUUCAGUGGAGGAUGUACUGCCCAGUUUAAGAGAGAACAAUAUCACUGUUUUAAUUUUCGAUGACAAGUGUACCACAGAAAGCAUUGGGAAUGAUGAAAUUCAAGUUGCAUCUGACCAGCCACUGCCUUUAUCCCUCCGAUCACACGUUACCUUCGACAGCCCCUUUAUUUAUAUCUAUACCUCCGGAACAACAGGUUUGCCCAAAGCUGCCAUCAUCACUCACUCUCGAGCACAUCUUUUUGCUUUCUUCGUUGCAACUUGUGAUGUCUACAGUAAUGAUGUGAUUUACACCACUCUGCCUCUUUACCACAGUGCUGGUUCCAUGGUUGGAAUCUGUGGCUGCAUUUAUGCAGGGGCAACUGUUGUCUUACGUCGUAAGUUUUCUGUAAGCCAGUUCUGGGAUGACUGCAGACAGUAUGAUGUCACUGUUAUCCAGUACAUUGGGGAGAUGUUACGCUACCUCUGCAAUGCUCCAAAGAAAAGCAAUGAAAGAGAUCACAAGGUGAGGCUGGCUUUGGGGAAUGGUGCACGGCCAGAUGUCUGGAAGGAGUUUUUAAAUCGAUUUGGAAACAUCCAAGUUUGUGAGUUUUAUGGUGCCACUGAAGGAAAUGUUGGCUUCUUUAAUAAUGUGGGCAAAAUCGGUUCAUCAGGGCGGAUCAGCGUUUUUACCAGGAUGUUCAUGCCGUUUCACCUGGUUAAAUAUGAUGUUGACCGGGAAGCACUUGUACGAGAUGCCAAUGGUCAUUGCAUUGAGGUUGCUAAAGGAGAGCCUGGACUUCUUAUUGCGAAAAUUACACCCAAAACCCCAUUCCUUGGGUAUGCAGGGAAUAGUGUCCUAACCAAUCAGAAGCAGCUGAGAGACGUGUUCUGCAAAGGAGACCUAUAUUUCAACAGUGGAGACCUCAUGAUGCUCGACCAUGACAAUUUCAUCUACUUCAAAGACAGAAUUGGAGAUGCAUUCAGAUGGAAAGGGGAGAAUGUAUCCACUACUGAGGUGGCUGAUAUUCUGUCGGUGCUGGAUUUUGUUCAGGAAGUCUGUGUAUAUGGAGUAACUGUUCCAGGCCAUGAAGGUAGGAUAGGAAUGGCUGCCAUUCAGCUGCAGAGUGGAAGGGACUUGGACAGGUCACAACUGUAUGAAUAUCUGAGAACUCACCUUCCCAGUUACGCAUGGCCCCGCUUUGUCAGGGAACAGAAGCAGAUUGAGACCACAGGAACCUUUAAAUAUCAUAAAGUCACAUUGACGAAGGAGGGUUUCAACCCAAUGACUAUCCAAGAGCCGCUCUACUUCCUCGAUGACCAGAAAAGAACCUAUGUCCCAAUGGACCAGCAACUCUACAACAGUAUCAUCACUGGUCAAGUGAAACUGUGAUGUGAUGUCCCUGUCCUGCUCAAAGUGCCUUGAUUGGCUGUUUGUAGAAUUGAGAAGUUUGGACGGAUUGUGUUUUCAUUCUAAUGUUGUGUUUCUAGGUGCAGAGAGAGUGGGUGUGGUGGGGGAUGGUGGUGGUGGUGGUGGUGGUGGGGUGGGGGAAGCAGGGGGAAGAGUGGGUGGGCUGGGGGGUGCGUGGGGAGCGAGGCAUGAUACAGACAGACACAAAGAAACACCCUCACUUGACUCCUGAUCAAUUAUCAAGUAUUGGCUGGCCUUUUGUUGAUUCUGGCUCAGUUGUGAGUUGGGGAAAAUGAGAGAGGAAAACACAUUGAUCCAGGAUUUUAUUACAGUCUGUGAGUAACAAUGUUGUCAGUUUGAAAUGAUUCCCUGGUCUGUCAGUGUCUCUCUCUCUAUCGUUUUGUAUUUCUGAUCAACCUGACACAGAUGUGUUGUGAUUGAACCUUGGCUGCAACAAGGUCGUUAUUCUGCUUUUUUAUAUUUUUAUUCAUUUUAAGUCUUUAUUUCCUUUGUAUGAGUGUCUCUCAUCACUAUUCACCAGUUCAAAUAAGCUGUCUAUCUCCCCAUUCCGUCAAGGAGAUAUGAAGUUUUGGGUGUUCCUCUCCUUUCCUGUAGUUUUGCCCUCCCUCCCCCACAGGUUCAGGCUCUUUGUUUGAUCACAGCUGCUUUAUAAGUGACUCUGGAAUCUACUGAAGAUGCAAAAUUGUGACAGGCACUGGAACACCUGCUACAUGGUCAGUUUGCACAAAUCAUUUCCUCUCAUUUUCUUCCUUUUCAACUUAAUCUCCAUUCCCCUCCUUGAGGGUGUUAUAGUCACUGUCUUAAUGUUAUAAAUCUGUUCUGGCAGCAACUAAACAAUUGGACAAAUAAUGGUUCUCAUGCUCAGCUCUAGCAGCAAACUCACAGAAUCUGGGAAACAGGUAAAGUGGAAUCACAAAUCGCACAAAGGAAAUUGUGAAUAAAAUCUCCUGCAUUUUGUGAUCAAAUCCAAAGUGAGAGACCAGCUGUAACUGACCAAUGCCAUGUUAGCUACUUGAUCUUGACUGUCAGUUGCUAAUCAAUUGCGAUCAAUGUUUUAAUUGGUUUAGGUCAAAUGCCAGAAACUAGAGAAACUGCCUGGUCAUGAUUCAGAAUAAAUUUAAAUUUUGUAAUAA